GGGGGGAAAAGCAACGGGCUUUACGUCGCCAUGUCCAUGGAGCUUCUCCAUAUCUCUUGCAAUAUUGAAACCCUGGCCCUGGUUUCUCCCCGUUUUCCAUCCUUUUCAUCUGGUUUCAACUCAACGCUCUUCGGUUCUCGUCGUGUAACUUUGUCCCCUGCCCACCUCGGCCGUCGCGCUGCUGCCGUGUCCGUCUCUGCGCAGCUCGGAAACCCAAACACUAACCCUAGUCCGUCUGCAAGUAAUCAUGACGGUCGUAUCUCUCUCGCGCAGGGGUUCAUCGCCGAGUUCCUCCAGCACGAAGUGGGACUCUCCGCGGCCGAUUCGGAAUCCAUUUCCUCGAAUUCGCCGAAGUACGCGCGGAUGAUUGUCGAUAGCGUUAGGGAUUUGGAUGAGUGGAAUUCGUGGAAGGGUAAUGAAGACGCAGAGGGCUCAGAGGGCUUAGGGUUUAAGGAGAAGGUAAUUUGCAUGGUGAAGCAAAAGGGUGAUGAUGGGAAAGUUGCCUUCUUGGAGAGUCUUGGCCUGAGCUUGUCUUCUGCAAUGUAUUUGGCUCAUUACCUCUCUUCAGAGUCGCUUCCAGUUCUUCUUUGUAAGGUUAAGUACCUGAAGGAAAUAUUCUUUUCUGGCAGUGAUGAUGGAGGACUGGUUGGAAAAUAUGCGCGCCGAAUGAUGUUAUACCUGUCCAUUCGUAUAGAUGAAGAUGUUCAGCAGACACUAUCCUUCUUCGAAAAGAUUAAAGCAAGGCGAGGAGGUUUGGACAUGCUGGGUUCUGAGGAUGCUUCUUUUCGGUUUUUGAUAGAGUCGUUCCCUCGUCUUCUUUUGCUGUCACAAGAAAGUGACAUCAAACCAACAGUGGAAUUUCUUGUGAGCAUUGGAAUUUCUAGAGAUUGCUUGGGGAAGGUACUUCUCCUGUUCCCUCCUAUCAUGCUCGUCAAAACUAAGGAGAUUAAAAGAAAGAUAGCAGAAGAUCUUGGAAAGGUCAAUGUGGUCAAUCAAGAUUCUGGAAACAUAUUGCUAAAGUACCCAUGGAUUCUCUCAACGAGCAUCCAAGAAAACUACCAACAUAUCGUCUCGUUUCUUGAGGGUGAAAGGGUUCCAAAGGUGGAUAUAGACCACGCGAUUAGAAGAUGGCCUUUGUUGCUUGGUUGCUCAACAAGUAAUGUGAAAAUCAUGGUGAACGAGUUAGCAAAGUUAGAUGUCAGAAAUAAAAAACUGGGGAAGGUUAUUUCCAAGGUGCCUCAGCUUUUGCUAUGUAAGCCCCAAGAAUUUCUCAAGGUUGUUUCCUUUGUAGGGGAUCUUGGGUUUCAAAAGGAAACUGUGACACAGAUACUUUGUCGAUGUCCAGAAAUAUUUGGAUGUAGCAUCGAGAAAACCUUGCAGAGAAAGCUCGUAUUUCUCACUCGCUUCGGUGUCUCAAAAUCCCAGUUCCCUCGGAUUAUUAGGAAAUACCCGGAAUUCCUUAUCUAUGACACAGACAGAACCGUACUUCCUCGGCUAAAGUAUCUGAUGGAGAAAGGGCUAUCAGAGAAGGAGAUUGCCUUCAUGGUUCGCAAGUUUUCGCCGAUUUUAGGGUAUAGCAUUGACAAGGUUCUGAAACCAAAGUUAGAAUUCCUCGUGAACAGCAUGAAUAAGCCGGUCUCUGAGGUCGUAGAUUACCCGAGGUAUUUCAGCUACUCACUGGAGAAAAGGAUAAAACCGAGGUUUUGGGUGCUCAAAGGGAAGAAUAUAGAAAGCACAUUGCAAGAAAUGUUGGGCAAAAACGAUGAAGAGUUUGCUACUGAUUUCAUGGGCUUAGGAACUUUGUCACACCAGUCAUCCAAUGAACAUGCAAGUUUAUGAUCUUUUCAUGUAAUCAUGGUGGCUUCCUGAUGAAAAUUUAGGCAUACUGUUCUUUUCUACGUCUGGAGGUAGGUGCUAAAGGCUUGUUCUUAUGCCUGCUGCUUUUUUGUAUGUACAUGUAUAGAAAACAAAUUUUCCUGUCGAUGUUCUUUAUUAUAGGCUACAGAUUUUCUUCUUGUUUUUUGGAUAAA